AUUUCAAGAAGUCGAGACAUGUUAGGCUAUAGAUGAUUGUUACUUAUAAACUUUUAGUAAAACAUAAUAUAAUAAUAUUUAAAAUAUUUUCACAUUUUCAUUUUCGUCAACCCAUUCCUAGAGGCUACAAUUUUACAAAAUCCCAAUCCCCAAAAAGAAGCAAAAAAAGAAUGAAUAGCGUAGCAAACCUGCCAUUGUUCGCAGCCAGCGUAAGUACCAAGCGGACCACAGUAUUCCGCUUCAGCAACAACAAACUACGCCCCAUUAGAUCCAUGAGAGCUGUUGUCCAGCGAGUCGCCUCUGCAAGCGUCCAGGUCGAUGGCCGCACCGUUUCAGAGAUCGGCCCAGGUCUCCUCGUGCUCGUCGGCCUUCACGACUCCGACUCCGACACCGACGCUGAAUACAUAUGCCGUAAGGUCCUAAAUAUGAGGUUGUUCCCAAAUGAGAGUACCGGCAAAGCUUGGGACUUAAACGUGAUGCAGAAAAACUACGAGGUUCUAUUAGUCAGCCAGUUUACACUGUACGGAAUGUUGAAGGGGAACAAGCCGGACUUUCAUGUGGCAAUGCCUCCCCAAAGAGCUAAACCUUUUUACGCUUCUGUGGUCGAGAGGUUCGGUAAAUCCUACAACCCAGAUGCGAUAAAAGAUGGAGUGUUUGGAGCAAUGAUGAAGGUCAAUUUGGUGAAUGAUGGCCCAGUCACAAUGCAGAUUGACUCCCAACCGUCUAAGAAUACAGUUGAGGCUUCAGAAGACUCGUAAUUGGUUUCGACAAUUUAAGAUCUGACUGGGAUUCUUUGUGGGCUAACAAGUUGGAGUUGCUUGAUGGGCUGAAAGAUUCUUUACAUCAAGGUGUAGAUGUUUAUGUCCUCUUGUGCUUGGCCGUGGGGUUGUAUGCAAACUUGCUCCUCUGACAAUUGACAAUAUCUAAUUUUCUUUCUCAUACCUUUUCAUCUCUAAGACCAGAGCAAGCUCCCAAGGCUUUGCUGAGAAUCCUUUGGAGGACUUAAAAAAAUUGUUCAGCUCCCACUGUUAGUUUUAACCUCUUCAGGUUUAAACUUAAUAAAUGUCAGCAAAAUCAAGAUCAAUAACCAUGAGCUAAUUUACAAGAUGCAAAUAAAGUACAUCGUUAUUUUGGA